GCCGGGCGCGUGUUUACAAUAUGGCAGCAGCCACACGGGCGGAGGUCUUGCGGCUCUACCGGGCUCUGCUGAAGGAGAGCGGGAAGUUCGCUUCCUAUGGGUACAGAUCAUAUGCCCUGAGAAGAAUAAGAGAUGCCUUCAGAGAAAACAAAAACGUAAAGGAUUCAGCACAAAUUGAAACACUAAUGAACAACGCAAAAACAAAUCUAGAAAUGAUUCGCCGACAGGUCACCAUUGGACAACUCUAUACAACACAGAAGCUUGUUAUUGAGUGCCCAGAAAAACUCUGAUGCGAAGGCUCAUCCACCCGUAGCCAUGCUUGACCAGCCUCAGUAUUCUGCAAUACGCACAGAUUUUUUUAGUUGGAUAUAUUAUGUUCUCAAUGUAUGUUUGAGCUGUGUUAUAUCUCUCUAAGUAAAACUCUAAACUGGUUGCUGAAUCAUUA